AUGUGGCGGCUGGCGCGGGCGGGCACGCGGGUGGGCACGAGGGUGGGCACGCGGGCCCUGGCGGGAGCGGGAGCGGCGCCGGGCGGCCAUGGCGGCACCGAGGGCUGGUACGAGUGGGCGGCGGGCUCCCCGCCCGUGCACUGGGCCGAGGGCGGGCUGUUCGCGCUGCAGGAAGCCACCGGGCUGCCCUGCUGGGCCGCCAUCGCCGGCGGGGCUGCCGUGCUGCGCACCGCCGUCACCCUCCCGCUGGCCGCGCACCAGGGCCGGCUGCUGGCCAAGCUGGAAAACCUGCAGCCUGAGAUUMAGGAAAUCGCCAAGCGCCUUCGCUAUGAAGUUUCAGUGCGUGGAAAACAGCUGGGCUGGUCUGAAAAGGUGGCCAGGUUCCACUUUUCGAAGAACAUGCGGAGGMUCGUCACGGAGCUGUACAUCCGUGACAACUGCCACCCGUUCAAAGCCACGCUGCUGCUGUGGGUGCAGGUCCCCAUGUGGGUGUGCGUGUCCCUGGCUCUGCGCAACUGCAGCGUCGGUGCUGUGAGCUCAGCAGUACAAGAACAGUUUUCAUCAGGAGGAGCACUGUGGUUUACAGACCUCACAGCACCUGAUUCCACAUGGAUUUUGCCAGUUUCCCUGGGGCUGGUGAAUUUGCUGGUGGUGGAGAUCUUUGCUUCCCAAAAGAAAGUGCAAGUUUCCCGGUUCCAGAAGCUCGUGACAAACCUGUUCCGCGUGGUGUCCGUGGUGAUGAUCCCUAUUGCUGCCACAGUGCCCUCUUCCAUGGCGCUGUACUGGCUGUCCUCCAGCCUGGUGGGACUGUCCCACAGCCUCCUGCUGCRCUCUCCCCGCUUCCGCCGCCUCUGCUGCAUUCCCAGAACCAGCUCGGACUCGGACACUCCCUACAGAGACAUCGUGGCUGCCUUGGCUUCCAAAUACAGCCCUAGGAAAUGACACCAUGAACUGCACGAGAGCUGUCCCACGAGCCAACUGGUGCUGCUUAGUGAGAUGUACUUAUGUGCUCUGUAUUKAUUUUACAAAUAAAACACUGGCUGGCCAGAAAGAACGAUUGGUCAGCAAAAAUGUGUCUUAACUGGGAAGCUUUGUUUCAAGGGUGGUUGUUGCAGUUGCAGGAGUCCAGAAAUCCAGGUUUGUCUCCUGAGUUCUCRUAAGAAAUUUUGCAGGUGAGUGUUGAACACAACAUCAAUGGUGCCUCUUUUUUAUUGUAAGUCCUGAAGGUGAAGUUGUUUGGGGUUUUUUUUUAUUAAAAUGAUCAUAAAUUAGUUAUUUAUUUUAACUUUUAAAACGAUUACAAGCUACUGCUGUGGUGUAAACUAGCAAAAAAUCAGAAGCAGAAUUUUUAAUGCAGACUUGGAAGCAUUUAUUUGAAUUGUUGUGAUAGGCUAGUGAAACUUUACAGAUAGGGCUGAGAUGCACUUUCUGACUAAAAUCAGCAGUUUAGAAGAAAAAGGGCACAUGUCAUUGUGCUGAUAACACUGCACUUUACCUUUGGAGAUCUUUCACUGAUGUCUUUUACUGUUUUCACKGUUAAGAAUCUCAGAACAUCAGUGAUAGGAUUAUUUCUGGAUGCUGCCAGGAUGUUYUUUACCAAAAAAMCUCCCCAAAACAGGUG